CUAGUCUUUAACCCUGAACGCCUUGCUGAGCUCGACACAGCCUGCAUCGUGUACACAGUGACGAUAGAGAGGACUGUUGAGCAGUAAACUGCUAGCACAGGCAGGUAGUGCAAUUGCAGAAUGGGUUGGUUUUUUUUUCUGUUUUGGGGUUUGUACGUCUAGGUGUGAUCCAGGCUGUGAAAAGCACUUCUGAGCUGUUUGAAGGGUUAAUGGGUUUGUUUCCAAUGUUUUAUACCUGUUUCGGGUGCAAUUUUUAAAAUGUCCAGGGCAAUGUUUAUUGAACUGGGUUUCCAAUUGACCAAGAUUUAUGUUAAUAUGUACAGGGAAUAAUUUACCUGCCACCCAAUCUUCCCCAAUGUUAAAUCCUGCUUUAACUAAUUCUGUGACCAAUAUAUGGGGCAGGAAACUGAGCUCAAGAGGAUUUAUGGGCGAGUGUAACAUCUCAGUCACUCCAGUGCUGGUGAAUACUACGAGAGGUUGAAACUUUGACAGCUUGCCUGCAUAUGUCACAGGAGUUAUUUGGGUGGAUCUUUAACCACACUGGUAGUCAUAUAUAUAUAUAUAUAUACACACACACACACACACACACCUGUGCAUUUGAGAUCAGAAUUGGCUUGUUUCACAGGUAAAAUUGAGUUUAAUUGUCUCUGCUAUUGGAAUGUGUGCAAAAUUUCUGUGCAGAAAAUUGUUUGAAUUCGUUCCUCUUAUUUUUUUACAACCAUUGUAAUUUGUGUCUGGAAUUGAGAAAACCCCAGUGUUUGGAGUUUAAGAGCCUUGAUGCACCUUGAGGGCCCCUUUCAGUAUAUGAACCUGAAGUAAAUUAUUCCCUGUACUUUGCAGGUUCUGUUGGGGGAGGGUGGGAGGUUUCCUGACAGGCAGGGUGCAGUAGAUAGAGCAGGUACCAUUUAGUGUAGUGCCAGUUUAAAAUCUCGACACUCUGAGAUUGCAGAGAAAUAGCUCUGGAAAGUUGAUCUCAUUCCAAGAAUAAUACGUCUGUAAUAUCUCAGCUAUUAAGUGUCCCGGCUAGCUUAGGAAGAAUGCGGCCAAGUGAAUCUUAAUCUUAAUCCUUGGCUCAAAGCCUGGUAACUGGGAAUGGAGGGACAGGUUUAUAGGAAAGGAGUCUGAUUUGUAGAAGAGUUUAUCGCAGUGGUUCCCAGAUUUGGUUACCUGCACUGGAAUUGGGGAAACACUGGUUUAGUGAAGAAAGAUAGUUGUGUCUUUACAGUGAGACUGAAAGUAGUUAACAGGGCAGGGUCUGUUCUCUACUUCAUCACUGAAGUCUGCAUUUUAGACAGCCAAAGAACUGUUCUGUGUGUGUGUGUGUCUCCAGGGCUUUUAUUAUUCAUGGAGAGGAAAAGCUUCCCUUUGGUUCAGUGCCUUCCAAUAUGCUUCUCAUUGGAUCAUUUCAAAUGUGUACGAUGUAAAGUGAAUUAAGUCAAUUUAAAACAUUUGGAAAUUUAGCUUGGGAACCAGCGAGUGAGGGAAGGGUGGGGGAGUAACUCCCAACCUACAAUAUGGUUUAUUUUGAUGCUGUAAAUUGUGCAUCUUAAAUUUAGCUAGAAUACAAUAAUUGCCAGGUGCUUAGGAUGUUUGUCUCUUUUAUAAAGAAAUCUAAAUACUCAAAGGAGUAAAGAAUGAAUAACAUGACCACAUCUAUUAUUGGUAUAAAGUUUUACAUGUAAAGCUGUUACUAGACCUUUUGAAAGGCUCCUGUCCUAUUAGUAUGGACUUUGCAGGAUGUAGCUGUUUCUAUAGAGUUCUAAUACAGUUAAUUAAGCAUGUUAUGGGACAGGCUUUUGCUUCCCUGAAUAAAGCUGUUCUGGAGUUGAGCACACCCCUGACAGUUUCGAGGCUCCAGUAUGAGCCCCUCUCAUGCCAGGGGGUAGGGAGCAGUCCACUGUGCCCAGGUUAGGAGUGCAGGAGCCUGCAUGUAGCUCAUAGAGGUGUACAGGGUCAUAUAGAGUAUCUUAUCUCUUUCUUUUCUGUAAUACAAACAAAAAAAACUGUAAUACAAACAAUUGUGCCACGAUUCCACAGGCCCAUACUAACUGUCCUUAAUUUCUCUCCUACAGCAGUACUGCUAUGCCAGUCCUGUCUGCAUUCUUAAGGUUGCAGCUCAACACAUCCUGUGUAGGUUAUGGUGAACACAAAAAAGAUUGUGUCCAAAGGAAGUACUAUCCCAAUUUGUCAGGGGCCAUGGGUCAAAGUGGCAUGGUUUAAAGACAUGAGUGGGGGAUCAAGAACUUCUGUAGCCACAGCAGCUAUUCAAGCAGCUACCUUUCUAAUCGCCUCUUCUGUAGCCAAAGCAGCUAUUCAAGCAGUCGCCUUUCUAAUCCCCUCUUCUGUAGCCUUAGUGAUGGUGUAGGCAUAUGCUAGUGGCAAAUGAGUCCCUGUGCAUUGAAUAUAAAAUAAAAACUACUCUUAUGUAGAAACAAAGUGUUUUUAUGUUAACCUGCCCAUCAACGACACCUUAAUUUGAUGCCUAAUUACAAUCUGCUUAAAAGCUCAGCAAAUAAAUACUGUGUGCAUCAAGGCCUAAUGUUAUAGUCCUGUUUUGGGGCUGCUCAGUAUGGCCGUAGUAUGUUAGCAUCUUUGACAUGACUUUGUUUAUUGAAACGAUUUUCCUGCCCUGUAUCGUCUUCACGUUGCAGUGAAACCCUUGUUUAACAGGUACCAUGCCUUUACUAUUUUUAAACCUAAAAAUAACAUUUAGAAAUACAUUUAAAGAAACAAAAGCUUAAGCUUCACACAUGCAGUAUAUACAACUUCAUGAUCAUAGCAAAAUAAAAUCUGAUUUAAAUCUUCCCCAUCAUUUACAAAGGCAGAUUACCAGUGUUAAGGUUUGGUAUUUAGUAUCGAUGCUGCUUGACAACAAGAUUACAUUUAUAAACGAUAGAAUAUAAAGAAUCCCUCAAUAUAGCUGGUUGUGGAUGACUGAAGGAAGACUUGUUUUUUGCUUAAGUUACAUUACAAGGAGGUAUGCUGUGUGUUUAAGUUCAAACCCUUUCCAAAGUGUUACUAAUGGUAAAGAGAAUUUUCUAGGCUUCUUUUCUGCCGGUUGAAGUCAGACACUGCAGAGGGACACCAAGCACAGAAAGUGAGGGAAAACCCCAGAUCCCAAACUCCAUGCCAGAACGUACAUGGACGUCAUGCGUGAGCAGCACCUCACAAAGGAAGAGAAAGAGAUCCGUCAGCAGAUGGCGGAGAAGGCGAAGGCAGGGGAGCUGAAGGUGGUGAACGGCUCUGCUGCGUCCCAGGCUGCUGCAGCCGCUAAACGCAAGCGCCGGUGGGACCAGACUGCGGACCAGACCCCCAACAGUGCCAGCACCACGCCCAAGAAGGUGUCCAGCUGGGACCAGGCAGACGUCACCUCAGAGCAAACUCCGGGACACACACCGGGACACACACCCUCUGAGAGCCGCUGGGAUGAGACCCCAGGCCGGGCGAAGGGCAGUGAGACCCCUGGAGCCACCCCCAGCUCCCGCAUGUGGGACCCCACCCCCAGCCACACACCCGCAGGAGCAGCAACGCCUGGCAGAGGAGACACACCUGGUCACGUCACGCCAGGUCACGGAGGAGCCACCUCUAGCGUGCGCAAAAAUCGCUGGGAUGAGACGCCCAAGACAGAGAGAGAGACCCCUGGCCACGGCAGCGGCUGGGCUGAGACCCCCCGUACGGACCGUGGUGGUGACUCUGUGGAAGAGACUCCCACCCCAGGGGCCAGCAAGAGGAAGUCACGAUGGGACGAGACCCCAGCCAGCCAGAUGGGCUCCUCCACCCCCCUGCUCACCCCGGGAAAGACCCCCAUAGGAACCCCUGCCAUGAAUAUGGCCACUCCCACGCCAGGUCACCUGAUGAGCAUGACACCCGAGCAGCUGCAGGCCUGGCGCUGGGAGCGUGAGAUAGACGAGAGGAACCGGCCGCUCACUGACGAUGAGCUCGAUGCCAUGUUCCCUGAGGGGUACAAGGUCCUGCCCCCUCCAGCGGGCUACGUUCCAAUCCGCACCCCGGCCCGCAAGCUCACAGCCACCCCCACCCCCAUGGGAGGAAUGACUGGGUUCCACAUGCAGACAGAGGACCGCACCAUGAAGACCAUCAACGACCAGCCCUCCGGCAACCUGCCCUUCCUCAAGCCAGACGAUAUCCAGUACUUCGACAAGCUGCUGGUGGAGGUGGAUGAGUCGACUCUCAGUCCAGAGGAGCAGAAGGAACGGAAGAUCAUGAAACUGCUGUUGAAAAUUAAGAACGGCACUCCGCCAAUGAGAAAGGCCGCGCUCCGUCAGAUCACAGAUAAAGCCCGUGAGUUUGGGGCUGGCCCGCUCUUCAAUCAGAUUCUGCCCCUGCUGAUGUCCCCCACGCUGGAGGAUCAGGAGCGCCAUCUUCUGGUGAAGGUCAUCGACAGGAUCCUGUACAAGCUGGACGACCUGGUCCGGCCUUAUGUGCACAAGAUUCUCGUGGUUAUUGAACCUUUGUUGAUUGAUGAAGAUUACUACGCCAGAGUGGAGGGCAGAGAAAUCAUCUCCAAUUUGGCCAAGGCUGCUGGUCUGGCCACCAUGAUCUCCACCAUGCGCCCCGACAUUGACAACAUGGACGAGUAUGUGAGGAACACGACGGCCCGCGCCUUCGCAGUGGUGGCCUCGGCGCUGGGGAUCCCCUCGCUGCUCCCCUUCCUCAAGGCUGUGUGCAAGAGCAAGAAGUCCUGGCAGGCCAGGCACACUGGCAUCAAGAUUGUGCAGCAGAUCGCCAUUCUCAUGGGUUGUGCCAUCCUGCCCCACCUCAGGAGCCUGGUGGAGAUCAUUGAGCACGGUCUGGUGGACGAGCAGCAGAAGGUGCGCACUAUCAGUGCUCUGGCUAUCGCUGCCCUGGCUGAGGCAGCCACCCCCUACGGUAUCGAGUCUUUCGACUCCGUGCUCAAGCCCCUGUGGAAGGGUAUUCGGCAGCACAGAGGCAAGGGUCUGGCUGCUUUCCUGAAGGCUAUCGGCUACCUGAUCCCCCUGAUGGACGCUGAGUAUGCUAACUACUACACCAGGGAAGUGAUGCUGAUCCUCAUCAGAGAGUUCCAGUCUCCUGACGAGGAAAUGAAGAAGAUUGUGCUCAAGGUGGUGAAGCAGUGCUGUGGCACAGACGGUGUGGAAGCAAAUUACAUCAAGACAGAGAUCCUGCCGGCCUUCUUCAAACACUUUUGGCAGCACAGGAUGGCGCUGGACAGGAGGAACUACAGACAGCUGGUGGACACCACGGUGGAGCUGGCUAACAAGGUGGGCGCUGCGGAGAUCAUCUCUCGCAUCGUGGACGACCUGAAGGACGAGGCAGAGCAAUACCGUAAGAUGGUGAUGGAGACCAUCGAGAAGAUCAUGGGCAACCUUGGGGCUGCUGACAUCGACCACAAACUGGAGGAGCAGCUUAUCGACGGCAUCCUGUACGCCUUCCAGGAGCAGACUACUGAGGACUCUGUGAUGCUGAACGGCUUUGGCACGGUGGUGAAUGCACUUGGGAAGCGUGUGAAGCCCUACCUGCCCCAGAUUUGCGGUACCGUCCUGUGGCGUCUCAACAAUAAGUCUGCCAAAGUGCGCCAGCAAGCCGCGGACCUAAUUUCCAGAACUGCCGUCGUCAUGAAGACUUGCCAGGAGGAAAAGCUGAUGGGUCACUUGGGGGUGGUGCUGUACGAGUACCUGGGAGAGGAGUACCCGGAAGUGCUGGGGAGCAUUCUUGGGGCGCUCAAGGCCAUUGUCAACGUUAUCGGUAUGCACAAGAUGACUCCCCCGAUCAAGGACCUGCUGCCCAGACUGACACCCAUCCUAAAGAACAGGCACGAGAAGGUCCAGGAGAACUGCAUCGACCUGGUUGGACGAAUUGCUGACCGGGGAGCUGAGUAUGUCUCAGCCAGGGAGUGGAUGAGGAUUUGCUUUGAGCUGCUGGAACUGUUGAAGGCUCACAAGAAAGCCAUCAGGAGAGCCACAGUCAACACCUUUGGCUACAUCGCCAAGGCCAUUGGCCCUCACGACGUGCUGGCCACUCUGCUCAAUAACCUGAAGGUCCAGGAGCGACAGAACCGCGUGUGCACCACCGUGGCCAUCGCUAUCGUGGCGGAGACAUGCUCUCCCUUCACUGUGCUGCCAGCGCUCAUGAACGAGUACCGCGUGCCUGAGCUCAACGUGCAGAACGGCGUGCUCAAGUCCCUCUCCUUCCUCUUUGAGUACAUUGGGGAGAUGGGCAAGGACUACAUUUACGCAGUCACGCCACUGCUGGAGGACGCACUUAUGGACAGAGACCUGGUGCACAGGCAGACAGCCAGUGCGGUGGUGCAGCACAUGUCUCUGGGUGUGUACGGGUUUGGUUGUGAGGACUCCCUCAAUCACCUGCUCAACUACGUCUGGCCCAACGUGUUCGAGACCUCGCCCCACGUCAUCCAGGCGGUCAUGGGGGCACUGGAGGGGCUGCGCGUCGCCAUCGGGCCCUGCCGCAUGCUGCAGUACUGCUUACAGGGCUUGUUCCACCCAGCAAGGAAGGUGAGGGACGUUUACUGGAAGAUCUACAACUCUAUCUACAUCGGCUCCCAGGAUGCUCUGAUCGCACACUACCCCCGCGUGUACAACGACGAGAAGAACCCUUACGUCCGCUACGAGCUCGAAUACUCCUUGUAACCUCACACAAACGCCUUGUGUUUUUUUUAUUCUUUUUCCCUAUCCCCCCCCCCCCCCCCCCCCCCCCCCCCAAUCCACUCCCCACACACACAGGAUUCCAGAUUCCCUGUUUUUUUUCCUUCUGCUCUGACCAUGUUUUGUGUGACAGACCAGUUAUUAGUAGGUGAUGUUCUAAUUCAUCUCUAGCCUAUCAAAGCGCUCCGUUUCCAGCGACUGACUUUCUGUAGGGGUUGUGUUGCGAUGCUGCAGAAAACUGUGCAGGUCCUGUGAGUUUAAAACCUGCAGUUAAAUCUGUUGCAUUGCAGCAUCUUUAUUUAGGGGAAACCUGUUUUACAUUUUUAAGUAUAUAAAGUACCUCUAGUCACCAGUUGAAUUGUUUUGUCUAACAUUUAUAAAAAUGUAUGUUUGGUUGUUGUACUUUUACACUUGUAGUGUACACAGGGUAAUGCUUGCAUAAGUGUCACAAAAAACAACAGCAACCAAGCAUAUAAACCAUAGAAUUGUUAUAAAAACAAGAAGGCUUGGAGCAGAUACACAUUUCUAACAGAAAGAGUGAACAGCGUGCAAGCAAUGUGAAGCCAGUCAAGCUCAGUAGAGGCAACGAAGUUCGUAAAUUAAAUCUUUUUUUUUUUUUAAAUCAAGGUGACUAUUCCAUUUCUUGUGCUAAUGGGAUAUUUCUUUAUUUGACCGAAUAAACAUUUGUGUAUAAAAUUUGA